AUGAGACUGACAAUAGGAAGUGAUAUGGAAAACGCUUCCUUAAUACUCAAAAGUAGUGAGCAAAUAGAAAUAACUGGUGGGUUAAAAGUACAGAAUUUGGACAUUAGUCGGUCUAUGAGUGAUCAUGACACUGAUAAAGACUUUAUAAUCAUGAACACUGGAGAAAAGUUUGUCGUGAAAAAGCUUAUAGUCGUUCCUAAUGCAAUAAGUGCAUAUCCCAUUACCACCACAUCUGAUAUUAAAUACGUCGUUGUUGGGUCUAAACCAAAUAAUGUAUAUUUGGAUACUUAUAAUACCACCAUUUUCUAUAACACAUUUGCUUCAAGAAAGAACCAGAUUGUAUGUGAAAUGAAAGAGAGUGGAAUUGUAAACAGUGUUCUUGAGUUCGACGAUAAUAACAAGGCACUGAGUUGGAAUAGAAAUGGCUGUGCGUGCGACGGAGAGUAUUGUCACUUAAUUUUCAAGCGCGAUGGAGUUGAAGAAUACACUAUUAACAACACUCAAAUAGAAUCCACCAAAUUUAUUGAAAUCAGUUCAGCUCCUGUCACAUUCACUGGGCCUAAACUAUCUUGUACUGCCAUGGAGAGUACAACGAAUAUUCAUUUGAGUGUUGACAGGUUUUCAAUUGAAAAAUUGAGUCUUCUCGAAACACAAACGCUCAAAAUUUCUGGCGUUUCUAAACCGUCGACUUUUGGUUCCAUUGAAAUUGUAACAACCAAUGGCAGUGUUGCAAAAUUAGAAGACACUACAACAAACAAGACAAAACCAAAUUUGGUUGUCGAUAGUUGCACAAUUCCCAUUCCUUUGAAAUUUGUAUCGUCUUUUACUUUUGGAAAUAUUGCCCUCACCAACUCAAAUGAAACCAAAUUUUCAUUCACCUCUUUAACUUCAAAUAGUGUUUCGACAUUCGAAUCUGUAUUAAUUGAUAAAUCACAACUCACACUUUCGAAUGGAGGAUAUGAUUUGAACACGCUCACAAUUACAAUGAAAUUGAAAAGUGCAGAGGAUUUCCCGUUGGUACUUGGAAAUGCAGUAUCUCUGAAGGAAGAGACUAAUCCAACUCUUGUCUUUGAUGUCGUCUUACCAACAAAAAGUCUUCCAAAUGUUAUUUACAUAGUAAGAACGCAAAUUCAAAACUUUGUCACAAAGUAUGGUGCAUCGUUUAUUUUAAAAACAGAAGACGGAUCCACAAUCACAUCAUACACAAUAACACAAGUUUGUAACAUAUAUAUAGCACUUGUUAAAACUGGCUUUACAGUUGAAGAAUGUCCAAAUGACCCACUCGGUUCAAGUGAUGCUUUUAUUGUUAAAAAUACAACAAAUAACGAUGUACCAACUUGGGUGAUUGCUGUGUUGGUUGUGGUUGGUGUGGUUGUCAUAGUGUUCAUUCUACUUCUUGUUGUGUUUGUGAUUGUAGCAAGGACAAUCAUCUUGAAAAACAAGAAAAACGUUAAAGUGUUUGAAGCCAAAGACAAUGUAUUUGAGGAGAGUUCACUCUCCAGUGAUGAGAACGAGAGCAAAGUUUCAGACAAGAACAAAUCUGAAUCUGAUUCGUUAUCAGAAACAUCUGGUUCGGGGUCUGAGAGCAGUGUAAAAUCACAAGAAAAGGAUGUUCCAAAACAGUCUGAAAUAUCUCAAGUUUCUAACAAAUCCGAAACAAUGUCAAAACCAGUAGACGAGAGUGAUGAGAGUUUAUCGAAGACUGGAGACGCGAGCGAAAGUGAAAGCGAAAGCGAAAAAAGCAGUAAUACAAACGACCAUUAG